ACAACAGCAGAAAGAAAUCCAUAACUACAUCUUCUACCUAGUUCAGUUGAACCCACCAUUUUCAGGAGAAAUGAAACUCCAACACUCAAUAACAUUUCUCCUCCUCCUCGCCAUGGCGGCGGCCGUCCCAACUUCAUCAUCGAAUUCCUCACCUAUGGGCAGCACUAGUUCCUCCGGCGGUCCACGUCACUUCGUGCUGGUCCAUGGGGCUUGGUCGUGGUACAAGAUGUUGCCAUUGCUGACAUCCGCCAGCCACAACGCCACCGCCAUCGAAUUGGCUGCUUCCGGCGUCGACCCGCAACAGGUCGGCGCUGCCCGAAACAUUUCCCAAUACACGCAGCCACUCAUGGAUUACCUGUCGGCUCUGCCGCCCACGGAGAAGUGGUUCUCGUCGCCCAUAGCUACGGUGGGUUCGCGGUGGCUCAAGCCAUGGAAAUUUUCCCCGCUAGAAUUUCUGUGGUGGUUUUCGUUACAGCCUUCAUGCCAGGCCCGGCCUACCCUUCCGCUACCCUUUUCCGCGAGGUCCAAAGCCAGCUAGGGCCCCAACUAGACAAUCGUUUCACAUUUGAGAAUGGGUCUAACAGUUCUCCAGCCACGUUGACUUUUUAUGCCCAACUACUUGCUACGAAACUUGUAUCAGCUCAGCCCAAUCCAGGCAAGUCCACUCAACACUCUUUAAAGCAAGAGAACCUAAUCUCCCAUUAUCUGCAAACCAGACCUAACAAUUUCUUCAAUUGUUUUGUUUCACAAGAACCAAAGUUCCUUCCUAUGCAAACUGAAAUAAGUUUUUGUGAAUCAUAUGCAGGAUUGGACAUUGGCAACGGCACUGAUGAGGCCAUUGCGUUUCUUCGAUCUACGAGAUAUCGUGAUAACACAAAUGAACUAUGAUUCAGUGAAAAGGGUGUAUAUUGUUUCGGAAAAAGAUAUUGUGCUACCUAAACAACUUUAGGAGAUGAUGAUAGUUCGUAGUCCCAUCGAUGAGGUACUUAACAUAUCGACAUCAGAUCAUAUGGUGAUGUUAUCCAAGCCAUUGAAACUUCGAGAUCAGUUGCUUGAUAUUGCUCAAAGAUAUACUUAAUUAUGAUGAGGUGCCCAAGACUUCUUACAAUAUAAUGUGUGAUGUCUUCAUCAUCCGCUCAAAAAAUAGAUUGUGUGAUAAAAUUUGCCGGAGUUUUUAUUUAAUUUUUUUGUUUCAAGCAUCUCUAAUGUAAAAUGAAUGUGGAUCUCGACAUGCUCGGUCAGCCCGACCCAAUUACACCAUAAGUAGGCAAAAUGCAUAUUGUCUUGAACCUGGUCUUAUCAUGCCCAAUAUAAAGUACUGACCUUGGU